UGCAUAUUGCAUAUGUACGAGUAUGCCUAUGCUACACAAGUGGCUCUUUCUUGUCGUUUGGCAGUUCGUGUUAUCGUGUUAUCGGUGCCCGACUCUAAUUGGCUUGCCAUGGCGAUAGUUAAGUAAGCGAGACCACUGCUUGAGUAAUCCUGGGCCAAAGGUAGGCAGGCGGAAUGGGGUGGCAUGGGAGGAGGACGACGACAACGUGCGUGUGCGUGACCUUUUGACUCCUUCGAAAAGCACCACAAGAAAAGGUGCGUGUCAGGAUGGCGUGAGAAACCUAUUCAUACGUAUGGAUGGAAAUAGAGGGGAUAUAAAGGAAAAACACGCAACGCUUUAAGAAAAGCAUCCCCGAAAGUAAACGCGGUAUCAGGAAUAAGUUUUCCAGUUUCAGCUACUUGCUUCAACAGUCUAGCCAGUCCAAAUCAGAAGUGUCGAAUGCGUUUACCUAAGCCCAAACAUACUGUGCGCUAUCGAGGUUCCACUGUAGUACCUCUAUGCAAAUCAAAUUGCCAUUUCCACAGCGAUCACUUUUUGAGACAGCACUGUCUCUCUCUCUCUCUCACUCUCUCUGUCGCACUUACGAGUAGUUCAGUGAACCGACACACUCGCUGGUUUCGCGCGUUCCGAGCAGCAGCCUCAGUCUCUCUUGCUCAGCCUCUCUCGCCGCCCCCUCUGCCUAAGCCUCUGUUUCAGCUCUUUUGCUGCUUCUGCUGUUUCUGCUGUCCGCACCCCUCGCCAAGGUGGCAUGUAAAUGGCGGAGCCGGCUUAGGGGGUGGCAAUGCCGUGCUUUUAACCCUUAUCGGUGGCAAAUUGCGCUCGUACACUUGGAGAAGCUGCCGUUUUACGUUCUGCGUUCCACGUUCUACGUUCCGUUUCGCCAAGCGAAGUAUUACAACUUGUUUGGCUAAGGUGGACUUUAUUAUGGCAAACACCGGAGCUGGCGGCGGAGUGGACACACAGGCACAGCUGAUGCAGAGUGCAGCGGCAGCGGCAGCAGUGGCGGCAACGAACGCGGCCGCCGCUCCCGUACAGAAUGCAGCCGCCGUGGCUGCCGCCGCCCAACUGCAGCAGCAACAGGUGCAGCAGGCGAUCCUGCAGGUGCAGCAGCAGCAGACACAGCAAGCGGUGGCCGCGGCCGCUGCGGCCGUGACCCAGCAGCUCCAACAGCAGCAGGCCGUCGUGGCCCAACAGGCGGUGGUACAGCAGCAACAACAGCAGGCGGCGGCGGUGGUGCAACAGGCGGCGGUCCAACAGGCUGUGGUGCCCCAGCCGCAGCAGGCGCAGCCCAAUACCAAUGGCAAUGCUGGAUCGGGAUCGCAAAAUGGCAGCAACGGCAGCACGGAGACGCGCACAAACCUCAUUGUCAACUACUUGCCGCAAACGAUGACCGAGGACGAGAUCCGUUCGCUCUUCUCCAGCGUCGGCGAGAUUGAGUCGGUGAAGCUGAUACGCGACAAGUCGCAGGUCUACAUCGAUCCACUCAAUCCGCAGGCGCCCAGCAAGGGCCAAAGCUUGGGCUACGGCUUCGUUAACUACGUCCGGCCGCAAGAUGCCGAGCAGGCUGUUAAUGUUCUAAACGGUCUGCGACUACAGAAUAAGACCAUCAAGGUGUCGUUUGCCCGCCCGUCGUCCGAUGCCAUCAAAGGCGCCAACCUGUAUGUGUCGGGGCUGCCGAAGACGAUGACCCAGCAGGAACUGGAGGCCAUCUUCGCGCCAUUCGGAGCCAUAAUCACAUCGCGCAUUCUGCAGAACGCCGGCAACGAUACGCAGACGAAGGGCGUGGGCUUCAUUCGAUUCGAUAAGCGGGAGGAGGCCACAAGGGCCAUCAUUGCCUUGAACGGCACCACACCAUCCAGCUGCACAGACCCCAUAGUGGUGAAGUUCUCCAACACGCCUGGCAGCACCAGCAAGAUCAUCCAGCCGCAGCUGCCCGCUUUCCUCAAUCCCCAACUGGUGCGACGCAUCGGGGGCGCCAUGCACACGCCAGUGAACAAGGGUCUGGCCCGCUUCUCACCAAUGGCCGGCGACAUGCUGGACGUAAUGCUGCCCAAUGGACUGGGAGCGGCGGCGGCGGCGGCCACCACGCUGGCCAGUGGGCCUGGCGGCGCGUAUCCCAUAUUCAUAUACAACCUGGCGCCGGAAACGGAGGAGGCUGCGCUGUGGCAGCUGUUUGGUCCCUUUGGAGCUGUGCAAUCGGUGAAGAUUGUCAAGGAUCCCACAACGAAUCAGUGCAAGGGCUACGGCUUCGUUUCGAUGACCAACUACGACGAGGCGGCCAUGGCCAUUCGGGCGCUCAACGGCUACACCAUGGGCAAUCGGGUGCUGCAGGUCAGCUUCAAGACCAACAAAGCCAAGUAGAGCGGCAGCGGACGAAAUGGAUGUGGAAGAGGACGCAGUGGGAGCCAACCCCAACCCCUAUCUUGACUCUAAACAACCUGACCACACAACACACAUAUAUAAAUAUGCAUGGUAUAACGGUAACUAAGCGCAACAAAACAGUAUGUGUACAACACACAAGAAAAAGAGAAACAAGAACAAGAAAGUAGCAGGCAGGAGAAAAUACUCUUUCCACUAAACGACAACGAAACGGCGGAAAUCACCCUAGAUCACCCUAGAUCCCCACAAUCCCCCCAAAAACCGCCGGCCAAAAGCGUUGCAAUAGAAAAAUUCUUCUUGUUUAGCAUUUAAGUAAAAACAUUAACUAAACGAAGCAAACAAAAGAAGUUAAAGAGUUCGGGAUAAGCAAAUAGGCUGGGGGUCGAGAACGAGAAUUAGAAUGAGUAUAAGUAUGAGUAUGAGAACAAUGAGAUUUUAAGGGAAUAUUGCAAAAUGAAACAUAAACACACACUGUGGCAGUGGCAGUGGCAGUGGCAGCUGUGAAAGGUCAAAGGUUGGCACAGUCAGUUGGCUAGUCACAAAGCGUAAACAAAGAAAUCAACCAAACACACACACAAAAACGAAAACAAAAACAAAAACAAAUUUAACUUUAUUAGCAAAAAAGAAAAUGAGAAAUUUUAAAAAUUUAUUAACUCUAAGUAAAACGCAGCAAUGAAAUCUUCCAAACAAAAGAAAGCAAAACAACAAAUCUGUUUGUUACACUUCAACUUUUUCUACCAUAAAAAACUUUGAAUCUCUUGAUACUAAAACCCAAAACAGAAUUAAGAAAAUAGAGGAAUUCAGUGUCUACACUUUAUACAUAUACGGUGCUUGAAGGACACCAGUUUGGCUUGAUCGAUGAUAAAAAGUGAGCGCAGGACGAAGAGUAUUUGAGGGGCAAUUAGGAGGAUCGCGCAUAUAGUAGAUAUAUAUGCAUAACAUGGAGGCUGCUACAGUAUUACGAGAAACAUAAACAUAAACAUAAACAUAAAAACUACAUACUUAAUGAACGAGCACGUUUAAUAAUUCUAAAAAUAUAUGUUUAUCCAUAUGUAUAUGCGAUAAUUCUAUGUCUGCCUAGAUAUACAACUAAAUAUAGACAUUUAAAGUGUUUUUAUGUUUCGUAUUUGUUUUCUACACUAAGAAAACGAAUUCCGAUUGCAUCAAGCCAAACUUAUGUCCAUUAAGCACAACUAAACUCAGUGAGAACUGAACAAACAAAAGCAUAUAGAAAUCAUGAAGAAUGAAUGACAGAAAGCUAGCGACGUGAAAACAAAAGUAAUACAAUAAUUUAUGCGCAAAUUUAAAAUGUUUUACUAAAGUAAAUAAUUGUUAGUGAAUAUUGAUACUGUAAAUGUGCGCGUGUGCACACAGGUGCAGGUGCAGGUGCCUGCAGAUAUAUACGACGCUAGGCACACCUUAUAUACUUUAUAUAAUGUAUAGUUCAAGGAGCAAGUAAGCAUAAACCAAAAGAAAAACUAAAACAAAACAAAACAAAACACUUGCUAAACCAAAACAAUUUUAGCGUUAAAAACAAAGCGUAGCACAAAAAAUUACUAAAAACCAAAAAGUAGAGCAGCAGCAACCAUUUUUUAUAUAACAACAUCCAAGUAAGAGGAAAUCAAGUGAAGACGCAGGCAAAAGUAUAGCAAAGAGUUUUUCUAGCUAAGUAAGGUGCUAAAGGACAAGAAAACGGCUGCGUAAAGACAAGGACUUAUCCGCAUCCUGCUUAUAUAAGACCCUACUACAAACCCGUGUCCAAACCUACAACUUUUGUGGAUCUUUUGCGUUACUUUAUCAGUUCGACUUCUGUAUGUUUCUUUGCUUCUAUGGAUAGUUGAAGCGAGAGAGUAAGACACAACACAACACAACACACACACACAUACACAUAAACAUCAGUAUAUAUAUAAUUUCGAUUCUGGACUCUAUAUUCCGUAUUUCAAUUUGAAUUUGAAUUUAAAUUUGGUUUUGUUUGAUUUCUUUGUUUGCUUUGUACACGAAUUGAACUUAAUACUUAAGCUCUUGCAUCCAGCCCAUAAAACCAGUCAGACCCAACCAUGCAUAUUUAUACAAAUGAUUUGUGUUUAAUUUCUUUUUCGAAGUUUACCUUAGGAAACCCGCAACCGUUUUGAGUUCAUUUACCACUCUCCAAAUAGCAUAAAUUCUUGACCUAAGUUUCAACAAAGUUUGAACAAACUUUGAACAGAAUUGAACGGAACGGCAUCCAAAAAGCAAAAUAGGAAAUAGAAUUUAUUUUACUUUGAUUAUUAUUAUUACGUCACCUAGCGCUAUGUGUAAUCAGACGUAUGUAUAUUACCAUAUAUAUAUAUAUAUAUUUUUUUUUAAUAAUUAUAGGGUAAAAAAUACUUUUUGUUUGAACAAAAUUCGCAACAAGAACUCUAGUCAGAAGAUGGAAAACAAGAAUAUUAUUACGAUGAGGCAGCCGCAUAUAGUAGAGGAGGAAUAGUAGAUCAAAACCAAAAGAACUAUGGCAAUUUCUAGCUAAUAAAAUGAUUGAACGGAAUGAUAGAAGCCGCCUGCUCUCCCCUUUCCAAAGAUUUACCCACUUGAAACCUCUAAGACAAAAGAAAAAAGGAGCAAGGCAACGGAAAGCGUCAGAGGAGAUUUCCAGAUGAAAAUGCAAUACAUUAUACACAAUCAACUAGUUUAUUUAUAUACCCACUUAAGAACACUCUGUGGGACAGAAGAACAGGAGAACAGAAAAGGAAAUCUUGUGGAAGCCAGGAUAAUACUUGUGCCAGGAUAGUACUUGAUUUCGUUCAGUUCGUCUUUCUGUCAUCACAUAUUUUUACACGCCACACAGACACAAUUCUUAAUUUAAUUUAAUUAACGAAUCCUUAUUUGCAUACAUAUAUAUGUAUACAUAUUUGUUUGUCAUUGAUGAUCAAAUUAAUUGUAUUAAUUAUAAUUAUUGUGCAAUAGUUUUAAAAUGCAACUAAAGGCAAAACACAGCAACAAAUUUUCAAGUAUCUCAAAUUAUAAUUUCGUUAGGUGAGGAAAACGAGAAAUGAAAUCAUAAAAUUUGAUCUAUUUGAUCUUAUGUAACAUAAUUGUAUGAUUAUUCUAUACACCGCAAAACAAAACAUAACAAAACAAAACAGAAGAAAGAAGAAAUGAAAGAAUGAAAGGCAAGCCCAGCAACAACAACAAAAUUUAAGAAAAUAUAUACAACAAUUAUUUUUUAAGCGAAACAGUAUAUGUAUCACAUGCAUAUACAUAUUAAUAUCUCAUAAUUUUUCUUUACCAACAAUUUACCUAUUAAGUGAGCAAAGAGCCAAGAAAACAAACGAAAACGAAACAAAAAAGAUUAUUUAUUGUAUUUUAUAAUUACGUAAUUUUAUUUAAUUCGAUUUGAAUUCAAUAUUUCCUUGAUUUGAACCAAGCGACAAGGAACAAGAAGAUAAUGAUAUGAUAAAGAAUUAGUCUAAUUAUACACACACACACACAACACAAGAACAGAGAGACAAGCAGGCAGAUAGAGAGAGAUAGAGAGAGAGAGAGAGGCAGAGGGAUAGAGAUAGAGAUAGAACGAUCUAUACAAGUCUAUAUGAAAUCUAUAACUUCCAAACUCUCUCCUCCCAUUCUCCCCUUUUCUUAAUACACGUCUCUAUUUACGCCAAUGUGCGGUUUAUAUUUAUAUUUAAUUUUGUACGUUGUAUUUCAUUUCGUUUUUAUUUCGAUUUUGUUUCACCGAAAACCCCUUUAUGUUUCAGCUUUAGUCUAAAAUUAUGAUUUUAUGCCAAACCCACUUGAAUUGUCACAAUUGUCAGCAACAAUAACACAACACAGCUAUUUAGUUGAUAUUCUAGCAAUAUGCGAUAUGCGAUAUGCGAUCUGUGCGUAUGUUACUGCAAACUCCUGUGAAUCCUAUCGAUCGAAUAUUUAUAUUUUGACUAUUACUAUUAUUAUUUAGUACCACCUAUUUAUUUAUUCUUUUUUUUCGGUUUGUGUAUUUUGCUUUUUUGUCUAAUUUUGCAAGAAACAUGUUUACUCUUAUGAUUUUA